AUGGGUUUAGAGAAGAGAACGGUAAAGAUCAUUGGGAUUGUGGUAGUGAUUCUACUGGUUAUUGGAUGUAUCCUGGGCCUGGUGUUAGGACUGCUUCUGACCCGUCGCUAUGUCGAGCUGGAGGUCUGGCCUAGGACAGAAGAGUACAGGUGGGAAGAACCGCUGAUUGAGUUCCGACCCAGCGACCCCGGAAGCUGGCACAUCUGGUACUCCCGUAUCAAUGACUUCCUUAGAGACUACGAGACGGCGACUCCUGACCAGCCGCCCCGGGCUCCCUGUUCCACCCACAACCGUCGGGACCAGCAGCUCAGGUCUGACAGCUGCGAGUCAGCCAUGAGAUUUUGGUCUCCAUGCACAGCCGACGAUUUCUACGGGUACCACGUGGGGAAGCCGUGUGUCUUCCUCCGUUUGACACACACACACUACUGGGUGCCGGAGCCCUACAACAUUUCCACGGUAGUACCUAUGGUGUUGCCGCCUGACAUGCCUGAGCACCUAAGGAGAGCUAUGAUGCAGUAUCCAGUCCACCAGUUCGGUGACCACGCGUGGUUGACCUGCGACGGUGAACGCAGCUCGGACAAGGAGAACGUCGGGCCGAUCCAGUACAUCCCGGCCGAGCUGCCCCCGGGGUUCCGGCUGGACCGGCUGGCGACCGCCGACCGCCUGUCCUACUACAUGAGGAACCAACCCGACAGAGUGCCACCACCGCUGAUUGCUGUUUUCUUCGAGAAUCCAAGGCGCGGAGUCUUGAUCAGCGUAGAGUGUCGCAUCUGGACCCGAGACAUUUACUACGACCGCUACAGCCGCAUCGGCCGAGCUCGCUUUGAACUCUACGUCAAUUAA